AUGCAAUACGUAGGAAAUGGGGCCGUAUUAUAUGACGCUUCACCAUAUAGAGAACAUUGUAGAGUGAUUCUAUAAAAUUCCUGGUCUUUACAAGCAUUUAUGGAAGAAAUCUAGGAUACUAUUUAUGAUAACCUUAAUUGGUAAUCCCAUAAAACUGCUUCCCUAAAGAUUUCAUAAUAUGGACUUGAUCUUCCAGUACCUCUAAGAGUCAGCCCGUUAGAUGAAGGCAUUACAAUAGAAUUUGCUUACAGAUUUUAUCCAUACAGCACUCCUAGUUAUGAACUUUUGUUAUUUAAGUCUUUAGAUCCUAACUCAGUAAGUUCUAUUAAGCUAGACUCAGCAAGUCCUUCAAAAUUAGAGUAUUUAAAAAAUGGAGUAGCUAGUAUUUUUGAAUUCGGAACUCAAUUGAAUCUCAUGAAAUGGUAUCAUUACUCAGUGAGUUUCUAUCCGCCUACAAAGCUUUUACCUCUCAAGUAUCAGAUGAUAAAAGUUUUAACUUCAAUUCAACUUUUACAAUGA